CUCCUCCAAAACCCACCACCCGCCAAAACUUCUUUUCUGCAACUUCUCUCAAGUCCAAUCCUAACUUUCGAGUUCCUAAACUUCAAAUUCUAAGCCAUCGCCAUGAGUUCCGCACCAGCAGCGCCGGCAUCCAAGACCUUGGGCGGCCGCGGCAAGCCAAGGGCUUCCAAAUCCGUCUCCAGAUCGGAGAAGGCCGGCCUCCAGUUCCCCGUCGGCAGGAUCGCUCGGUUCCUCAAGAAAGGCCGGUACUCCCAGCGCGUUGGCUCCGGCUCUCCCGUCUACCUCUCCGCCGUCCUCGAGUAUCUCGCUGCUGAGGUUCUGGAGCUUGCGGGGAAUGCCGCGAGGGACAACAAGAAGAACAGGAUCGUUCCGAGGCAUAUUCAGUUAGCCGUGAGGAACGACGAGGAACUGAGUAGGCUGCUGGGAUCGGUAACGAUUGCGAACGGAGGAGUUCUUCCGAACAUUCACCAGAAUCUGCUGCCUAAGAAGGCCGCCGGCAAGGGCAAGAGCGACGUUGGAUCGGCGUCUCAGGAGUUCUAGGGCUCUUCUUGUAGAACUUUUGGUAGAGUUCAUGGAUAACUGGAUUGGGGAAUAGGGUUUGUUAGUUGCUUAUGUUUCUCGUUUUGAUGAAUUGCUCUUGUCGAUAAGCUUGUACUGAACUGAACUAGAUUAUCGUGUUCAUAUUAUGGAUGAUCCGCAAUUCCAAUCCCAGAACCUUUUGCUAUCUCGUAAUUUGAUUCCAGUUUCGUUUCUGGAUUGUUGCC